GCUGUCAUUUUUUUCUCGCUGAUAGGUUCAAUCUUUCGCUCCAAAGAGCAAGAGGACACCAUUGUGGUGGUGGCCUUUGCUCUCAUUAGUGAAAAUUCCACGCAAAGCUCCACGUAAAGCCAUCUUAUUUGAUCUAACACUUCAACGCCUUCCCCCAUCAAAUUCAAAGGCCUCCCACUCUUUACCCCAGUUCCUAUACUAACACCCCAUUCGGUCAGAUUCCAUUUCCUAAUACUCCAGGAAAUGGAUAUGGAUCAUGAGUGGGUUUUCCUGCCUGAUAAUGGAUUCCGGGAUACCAAUCAGGAUGGUGAGAAAAAGGUCCAUGGAGGAAAAAGAAGUUCUGACACAAAACUUGUUUUCCUGACAGACUACUUCGACAUGGAACAGCGUCCGCCAGCAGGAAAUUCGAGGAGGGUACCUAAACAGGUUGUUCCAGUUUCAUUUCCAUUGGAGCCAAGAAUCUUGAAGGCUCCAGAAAAUGCGCUGGGGGAGGAAACUACCACAUGGGUACCUAUUGGUGUCUCUUCUACCCCAUCCAUGAUCCCCGAGAAGAUCAAAGAACCUGAUAUUGGAUCAGUUGAAGCUGAUAAAGAAGUGAAGACACAAGUUUCCUUUAGGAAACCAACUUACAAUGAAUCUGUCGACAUGACCCAAAAGAUGGACUCACCAAAGUCCACUACUAGGGGAGUUAUUCCUCAAAUUGAUUCUGCAGGUACGUUUAAUUUUGACGACAAAAGUGAGGUUUUGGAGAAUAAGAGUUCCCCAAGAAGGAAAGAUUUGGUGGAAAAGAGAGUUGAGAACGAAGACGUCACCUGGGAGGAGAAUUCUGGCGGCCUUAAUUUAUGGAAAUGGAGCUUAACUGGUAUUGGAGCCAUCUGCUCUUUCGGUGUUGCUGCUGCUACCUUUUGUAUCAUCAUACUGGGAAGUCAACAAAGACACAGACAACAACAGCAGAACCAGAAGCUGUUGUUCCAGCGUUACGCUGAUGACAAGAGGAUGAAGCAAGUGGUUCAGCGUGUAACCAAACUUAAUGAAGCAAUUUCUGCAGCUAGAGGAGUUCCAAUCACCAGAGCUCGCAUAACCUAUGGUGGUUACUAUGAUGGUCUCUGAAGCACUGCCUUUGUAGAGAAUCCCGGACCCCUUCACCUGCUUGAUCAACUGAUUGUGAAGUGUGAUGGAUUUGCUAUGCCAGUUUCUACGAGAUGCAUAUAGGGUCUCUGUUUUUGUACAUAUAUGAAGGGUGAUAUGGAUCCUUAUUGUAUAGUUUCUGAAUCCUGUUUGUACUCCUGAAUUUCUAUAUUGCUGUGUCUAUAUUUAGUCACUUAAUAGAUAUGCUGGCAUGCUUCGAAUAAUUUGAAUUAGUGGGAGUGACCUUAGUGAAAUGUCUACAAAUUCUAGCACUUGCUAAAGUAUGAUCAAAGGAAUCAAAAUGAGGGCAGCAGUUGUCAUGAUAAUAUAAAUCUACCAAGAUUAUUAUUAUUA